UCCCUUAAACGCCCGGAUGAGAGCAGCAGGCGACAUUCGCGGCACGGUCGCACGAGUCGAUCGAGACCUAUAACCAUUCAUUCUCCGGGGAGCAGGCAACGACAACGGCAUCAGCCACUGCUGGAAUCCCCGACAAUUUCUACCGAAACUCGUGGGAGAAUACGGCCGGAGACAGAGGCGUGGAGGCGGCUCGUCGCGGCACAGUUCUCCCCUCUCGGCGUGGUGUCCUAUUUCGUUGGUGAAGGAUCGUGCUGCCUCACAUCGAACUAUGGAAAACUUCCUGCGUCAACCCUCACUAGUCUCACAUCUUUGGACUGAGCUCCGCACACUGAGUUAGCAGCUGUGCUCCUCCCCGCAUACUCUUUACAACCAGGGGACAAAGAAAAGGAGACGACAAGCCAAGUCCUCCACACGGCCAGUUAAUCGCACGCAGCACUUCAAAGAUUUUUUUGAUUUCAUUUGUUGGUGAAGACAUAUCAAGAUGGAUCUGGAAGCAUAUCUGUGGAUGGUGGUUUUUGGCUUCAUCAUCGCCUUCAUCCUAGCGUUCUCAGUGGGAGCCAAUGAUGUGGCCAACUCCUUUGGCACGGCGGUAGGGUCCGGCGUGGUCACCCUGAAGCAGGCCUGCAUCCUGGCGUCCAUCUUCGAGACCCUGGGCUCAAUGCUGCUUGGGGCGAAGGUGGGGGAGACGAUUCGGAAGGGAAUCAUCGACGUCAGCUUGUACAAUGACACGGUGCCGGUGUUGAUGGCGGGAGAGGUCAGCGCUAUGGUCGGUUCUGCUGUGUGGCAGCUCAUCGCCUCAUUCCUCAAGCUGCCCAUCUCUGGAACUCACUGCAUCGUCGGCGCUACCAUCGGCUUCUCGAUGGUGGCCAUUGGCACCAAGGGAGUUCAGUGGAUGCAGCUGGUUAAGAUCGUGGCGUCGUGGUUCAUCUCCCCUCUUCUCUCUGGACUCAUGUCUGGAUUUCUCUUCAUCAUCAUCAGACACGUCAUUCUCAACAAGGAGGAUUCUGUCCCCAAUGGUCUGCGGGCGCUCCCGCUGUUCUAUGCCUCCACCAUCGGCAUCAACACCUUCUCUAUCAUGUACACUGGAGCACCACUGUUGGGCUUAGAGAUGCUUCCGGUGUGGGCCAUCUUCCUCAUCACGCUAGCGGGGGCGCUGGUCUGCGCCGCUUUAGUUUGGUUGUUCGUCUGUCCGUGGAUGAAGCGGAAAAUAGCAAGUCGUUUAAAGAAGGAGCAGGCGUUGUCCCGGAUCUCCGACGAGAGUCUGGACAAGAUUCCAGAAGAGGAGGAGGAGAGUCCCGUCUUCAAAGAGCUGCCCGGGGCGAAGGGCACCGACGAGGCUGUGCUGCCUCUGACAGGAGGAAACAGCGAUCGGGCAACUCGGGAUUCCAGCGGAGAGCUGACCAACAUGGCUAAUGGAGGAACUGUCAUGCCCAACGGCAGAGUAUAUGGUCGGACUCACUCGAUGACCAACGGCUGCCUGAAGUCUCCAGUCUCUAAUGGUAGCUUCUCCUUUGAUGGCCACAUGCGCAGCGAUGGUCAAGUAUACCACACAGUGCACAAGGACUCUGGCCUCUACAAAGACCUGCUCCACAAAAUCCACCUGGGUCGCAUGGACGACAGCGAGCGCACUGGUGCUACGCAGCCCGACAACAACUACCGCCUCCUACGCCGCAACAACAGCUACACUUGCUAUACAGCGGCCAUUUGCGGAAUGCCAGUUCAGCCGGUGGUUCGAUCGGAGUCCCGUGAGGACAGUGAGCAGCUGGUGGGUGCGGGAGGCGGCCGGAGCAACAGCGUGUCCUACUCCAAGAAGAGGAUACGUUACGACAGCUACUCCUCCUACUGCAACGCAGUGGCUGAGGCAGAAAUUGAGGCGGAAGAAGGUGGUGUGGAGAUGAAACUGGCUACUGAACUGGAGGGUGUGGAUGAGGAGGGUGCUCCUGCACCCAUGCCCCUGGAUGACAUGGUGGAGGAGGAUCACGAGGAGAAGGACAAGCCAGAGGUCUUCCUGCUCUUCCACUUCCUGCAGAUCCUGACGGCGUGUUUCGGCUCCUUCGCUCACGGCGGCAACGACGUCAGUAAUGCCAUCGGCCCCCUAGUGGCGCUAUGGAUGAUCUAUGACCAGGGUGGGGUGAUGCAGGACGCUGCCACACCCAUCUGGCUGCUGUUUUACGGUGGCAUUGGCAUCUGUGCCGGCCUGUGGGUUUGGGGUCGCCGCGUCAUUCAGACCAUGGGGAAGGACCUCACGCCCAUCACUCCCUCAAGUGGGUUCACUAUUGAGCUGGCGUCUGCUCUCACUGUCGUGCUUGCUUCCAAUAUUGGAAUCCCUGUCAGUACCACACACUGCAAGGUGGGGUCGGUGGUCGCUGUGGGGUGGAUCCGCUCCAAGAAAGCGGUGGACUGGCGUCUCUUCAGGAACAUCUUCCUGGCUUGGUUUGUGACGGUGCCAGUGGCUGGACUGUUCAGCGCCGCCGUCAUGGCGCUGUUUGUCUACGGCAUCCUGCCCUACGUGUGAGCACGCGAGCUCGAGGAGGAGGGAGGAGACGCUUGCGUAAACAUCGUAGCUGGGUUUUUGGAGGGGACAGAAGAGGGAGGCGACAACGCGAGUAGAGGGAGUGACAGAUCGAGGAGGAGGACGGAGGAGCCCAGAGCUUUUCUUUUUGGGAGGAGGGUUGGUUCACGUGCUGCCUGGGAGCUCCGAAAAUCUCAGAUUGUGCUUUUAAUCUAUUUUUGGUGCAAAAGAAAACAAAUUAUCAGACUCAACGAAGCACACGCUAACAAGCCCGCAGCUCUUGCAGAAGGCUCUGUGUCACAUUUGUUCAUUUAAUGUCCAACUCAGGAUCAUGAAAUUCCAAUAUUUCUCCUGGAAUUAGGAGCAAAUAUAGACGUUUAUCUGAGUCAUUUGUGUUCCAUUCAAUUAUGACAACACACAUCUUUAGAAAACAUGAUUGACAAGCACCUGAAAUUUAUGACCUUAAGUUGUUUCUUAUAUGAAGAGCAAUAAAUGUAUGAACUCAUCAAUCCUAGUUUUCCUCCUUCACGUGAGCACUGGUGCGUUCAGUGACCUUGUAUGGUGCGUUCAGUGACCUUGUAAUUCUGACUUGACUGCCUAACCACCUGACGUAGCUUAUCAUAAAACUGCCGUAUCACAAUCUAGGUUCAGCAAGUUAACUCUGGCUGUGAUUGCCAUAUUGAGUAUAACACAUGCAGGAGUCAGUAUUUAUGUUUGGAAUUAUAGUUAGAUUCAAAAUGGGAAGUUGAAUAUCAUUGUCGUGAUGCUGCUAAAUUGUCAUACCUUCUCCGACCAUUAGAGGGCAGUAAUACAGCCAUUCUAAGCCUCUUCUGUAGUAAACUUUGACCCAUUUUACAUGACAAAUCUCCAAAAUAAUUAAUUUCCUACGUAUUACAAAAGACACAAAACUAUCUUUUAAUAAUUAAGGAACAAUAGCAAAACAUGAAUUAAUACCUCGUGUUGUUCUCCUCGCUCUGUGGUCAAUGAUAAUGCAGUGGUCAUUUUUAAGUCGAGAUUUUGAUAAAAAAUGCUACAUGCAUGGUAUUCAAGUGCAAUGCCGUACAAAUGAAACUAAAACCCCUACGUUGCAGUGCAGAGUUUAAGAUGACAUUGAACGCAUCAUUUACACGAUGAAUGGCAACAGGAAUUUGGUGUCAUUUUAAAGUAUUCUGUGGUUGAACAUUAGCUGAACAGAUGUGGCACGUACCUGCAAGGCUUUUUAUUCCAAAAACAUAACAAAAAAUAAUGAAUCAGAGACGUGUAUAUAUUUAGCAUUUGGUGUGAUAUAUAUAUAUAUAUAUCGUGGCUUGCUUUAAAAGAGAAAAACGUCAACCAACCUGUCUAUCAUCUCACUGUGACCAGUCAGCCAAGGGGGUCCGGGAGGGGGCGCUGGUGACACUCUGCUGCUUAUAAUAGAAACCUGAUUUGCAAAUUUGCCCAGCGCACUUGUAUGUUUUUAGAAAAUGGAUCUCAUAUUUUUAAAUGAUGUAUUAUAAUGUAAUUUGUACUGUAAAUAAUAUCCUUCAAGAGAGGGGGUCGGGGAGACGGGGGCUCAUGCUAAUGUUUUUGUUUUAAUGUCAUCUAAGAGUCACCGACACUAACAGGCUUCUCUGACGCCGAGAGGAGGAAGCGUCCUCCCUGGGAGAGGCUCGGGGUGCGAGGCGGCGAGACAGGGCGCUCCUUCAGCGAGCAGCACCGUGCCAAAGUGGCCGUCUCAGCAACGUCAGACGAGGUUUAGGUGCAGAAGAAGCCAAAACUAAAACACACAUUGAUUGCCUUUUUUUUGUUUGUUUUUUCAAAUCAAUCAUGGACAUCACUACUGAAGAUGUUUGGGAGUCACUCCGUCACAAACUGUGUCGCUGCAUCAGUAGGUCAGGGACCUGGGAGACUAACACUUGGACUCGCACCUGCACAGAUUGGGACUGGGAGAGGCGUUCACACGCACAUAUACCUGACGGUGUAUUCACACGGUCUUGCAUUGGUGCGUCGCAGGGGGGAUGCGAGGAGAUGCCGCCGCCACAAUGUGAGCAGGGCACGCGUGAGGCUACGUGCACCCACCGGGAGGCUAACAGACUGGGAGGGACGUGCACGUACAGAGUGGUCCACACAUUCAGACCAGCCUACAUGGCGGGUUAACAGACACACACACUGCACAGGUAUAGCUACACACGGGAAGACGGACAGAGACGUGUCUACACAACUACACACAUCCAGAGAGGGUUGCGCACAUAUGGCCGCAGAUUGACUUCACAGUCUCACAAUCUUCUCUGCGCGGGGAUAGAUACCGGGCGGCCACAUUGGAAAUGGCAUAAACAUACCAAAACACUUAUUUAGCCUGUAGGAAAGGAAGAACUGCAGGAGAGAUCAUAAUCUACCGAGGUUUGAACUCGGCCAUGGAUGAGCAUGUUUCUACUCAUUCAUAUAUCACAACAGCAUAUCCCACGUACAUCAGUGACGUCUCCACGUCACGUGGUCCUUCGUGUCAUCGUGGUGCCUCCCAGAGUCGAGUCCCUAUCAAGUCGCUCGUGUCAUAUCCAGCUACUGUUCAUGCAGACGUGAUGAGGGUUGAACUGCAGCCGCGUGUGUAGCUCUCUAACUGUGGCACCUCCGUGUUCUAAAUCAGAAGGGGGCGCUAUCACGCUAAUGUUUGGAAGUGGACAUGGGGUGGGGGGGUAGUACUGAUCAUCACCAGCUUUUUAACCAGGUCACGUGACCUCUCUAGAACAAAGCUUUGUCUUGUCGUUUGAACAAACCUGAGGUGUUUUUCUUUUUUGUUCUCGUGGAGUGUCCCGAUUAUUAUUUUUUUUUCUCUCUCUCUCUCGUCAUGAACAAAUCUAUGCUUAAGUAGCGACUUGCCUUGUAACAAUGUUUUAUUUUGUGCAGAUGAUUCAGUUCUGUGGUGUUUACAUUGUAGCCAUAUCGUAGAGAGCGUUGCCUCAUGAUGCCAAUGAAAGAAAUAUAAAAAGAAAUAUCAUGAUUUUUUUAAAGUGCAAGUAAAAAAAGAAACAAAAAAAGCCUGAAGUGUCUGGAGUGGAAAUGGCGAGAGCAGAUUUCAGUUGUCACUUUACUCAGCUGUGGACACCGCGUGUGUGUUUGUGUGUGAGUGUGGGUGCAGUUCAGCACCCAAGAGAAAUGUCAUCCAGACUAUAUUUUUCUACCAUAUCUGAGUUUGAACCUGGGUGAGCUUCCAAACGUGCGUGAGGACUGGUGGGCUGACCUGGACGUUCUCACUUCCCGGCAGUCGUCCAACAUGUAGAUUGUCCGUAGAUGAGAAUUUGUUUCCAUUUUUAUUUUGGAUUCUUGAUGAAAACUUUGUAAUUUUGUUUCCCUGACGCUUCAAUCCAUAGCAGAUCAGCAACAAGCAGCACAUUAGGUGAGGUUAACACUGAAACUGUGAGGAUGUUUGAGUGGUCUUCAUCUCACCGCUAUAUCGCAGCUUCUUCAGAUCGUGGCUGUAAAGAGGUUGUGGGCGUGGACUCCAUUUGUGCUCAUUCUGCCUAUGUUUUCAUGUUCCUGAAUAGGAAUAAAUGUCUCCAAGAAAGAGGCCCAUAGAAGAUGUCAUAUAUUGGCAUUUUUUUAAAUUCAUUUAUUCUGUACUGAAAAACUAGCUUUAAAUCUGACUCCCAAACGGCUAGUCUUUGUUGGAAUGGAGUUGGAAUCUUUUUUUUUUUUGCAGUCCUGUUUUGUUGCAAACUUCAAAGUUUAAACAAGCAGAAUAAUCAAACACACCAACUCUCAUGAAAAGAAAUACUGGCAUUUAAAAUUAAGGUUAUUCCUUUGAUAAGAAAUGAACUGCUAUGCCAAUAUACAGUAUUUUCUUGCUUGAUGCCACUCUCCGCUGAAGGGGCUUCUCCAGUCCAAUUUUUAUUUUUUUUACCUUUAUCUUUUUUGAAAAUUCAUCCUGGAAGAAUUCAGAAACUGUCACUCUUGGAGACCAUUUGUUCCACCAAAAUUCUACCUCCAAAAAAGGUUCAAAGAUUUAAAAUGACAAGAAUAUGUUAAAUCAGGUGUUAAUGUCAUCUAAUAUGGCAGUAUCAAUGGCUGCCGUAUGACACACCACUUGUGAUUUCUAGAGGUUUUUGUCCUGAAAUGCUGAGAGGGCGCUCAACUUCAGUGAUAGACAAUGCACUUGUGUAUAUAAUCAUAGUUCAAGUGAAAGUUAACUGAAAGUCUGACAUAAAGUUUGCCGUUUGUUUGAUUUUAAUGUUGGCAUCGUACACUAACUGAUUGACUUGUCGAUUUUGUUUAAAAUCAAAAAAGGAAAUGAGACGCAUCAGAACAUUUUGUUGCUUUACUUUCCUUCCAGAAAAGAAACUUUUCUUUUUUUUAAUCCUCCUGCGGUUCUGUGUUUGCCCUGACCAGUGUGAAUCAGUGUUUCAGUGUAUUACAAGAGACGCUAACAUUGUAGAAUUAGAGGACUAGACUAUAGCCACCGCCCCUUCGCAGAAGAGAAUCACGCUGUCUCGGUUUUUCAGCCCGUUUUUGUAAAAAGGAAAAAAAGCUUGGCCGAAACUGCAGCAACAACUCUGUGACGUCUUCACUGUUUCCUGCUCUGCUACUCCCUUAGUCAAAAGCAAAUGUCAAACUGUAGCCUGCUUCUAACAAAAUCUUGAACGCUCUUUUGAUUUGCUCUUGUCGUACUGUAACGUUUUUAUUUAAGUUUUUAGUGGAAAACAAAAUGUCUGCAUUUAAACUAAAUUAUGGGAAUUAAAAUUACAAAGACUAUUGAUA